CAAGGCGCCAAGCAUCUUGGCAUCCCAUUUGGCAACUUGAAUCUGCAUCUUUAACAGCAUCGUUGAAAGCUCGGGAAAGUUUCUGCUGGAGCCUCUGAUUUUCACUUGACUGGCGUCUUUUACAUUGUCCAACUAUGCCAGGAACAUUACUUCCUGAAGACAAUAGAAGUAUACGCACGGCUGCUCGUGGAUUGGAGGUCCUUGCAUCCACAGCCGCGCGACUUUACACCUCGCAGCAGAAUGAAUGGUCGUACACUGGGAAUGUCGGCGCUAUAGUAUUGGGCCGUAAACAAAACGCCGGAUUUGCUCUACAGCUGAUUGAAGUACCGGCUGGUCGUAUUCUUUGGGAGUAUGAUGUCACGGAUGAUGUGAAAUAUCAGAAAGAUCGGCCAUUUUUUCAUAGUUUCGUGGGACCGGAUUCUAUGAUAGGCAUUUCAUUUGCCGAUGAGAGUGAAGCAAGCGAUUUCUAUGAUACCUUCAACAGAAAGGAAUCACAUGCACCACCAGCUACUGCUACUGCAACCCCCCCACAACCUCCUUUUAGGCCACAGCCGGCUCCUCCACAGGUGCCGUCGACAUCCCCUACUCCCAGUGGAAUAGUUCCUAGUCCUAGUGCAGAUUCAAUUCGAAGCAUGAAAACCGAUUCUGCCAGAUCAAGUAGGAUUUUCUCCGGUAGUCUUCGCAAAACUAAAUCGGACAAAAAGCGCGGCAAACUCGACGCUUCACAGAUUUCUGCACCUUCGAAUUUCCAGCACAUUACUCAUGUUGGCUAUAAUCCGAAGUCCGGAUUCACGGCACACAAUAUUCCUAAAGAAUGGCAAGCAAUCUUUGCAAAGGCCGGCAUUACGGAGGAACAACUUCAAGAUAAGAAGACGGCGAAAUUCGUGAAGAAUUUCAUGAAGCAAUAUACUGCAGAGGGCGGAGUGGGAGCGAAACCGUCACUACCAGCUCGAGAUACUUCGCCUGCGAUUUCGGCUCCCCCUGCUAUUCCGAACGCGGGUGGCGCAACUGGUGGACGACGUGCGCCACCACCUCCGCCGCCGACUCGCCGCAAUCCUCCACCUCCUCCACCUUCCCGUGCAGCCGCGCCUCCUCCAGAGCCGCCACGCCGUGCAACUCCUGCCGUUCCCACUCCUGCACCGCCCCCGCCUGCUCGACAUGUUCCUGCACCUCCACCUCCUGUGGCGUCGUAUCAGGAAGUAUCGCCCAGCAGUGGAGGUCCGCCACCUCCACCACCGCCGCCGGCAUUUGGAGCACCACCUCCUCCUCCACCGCCUCGCUCUGAUGGUCCGAGUGCACCGGCUGCGCCGCCUCGUACUCCGGCGGCACCAUCUGGCGGCCUUGACCGGGGCGAUCUACUUGCGUCUAUCCGUGCUGCGGGAGGUAUUGGGGCUCUCAAAACUGUGCAAAAGGACGAAUCAACAACCCCGCCGGAACCAGUUGAUAGAGGCGAUAGUAUUGCCGAAGCCCUGAGAAGAGCUCUAGAGGACCGUCGUCCGGCGCUAGCAGACUCUGACGACGAUGACGAUGACGAUGACGAUGAUGGCGAUUGGUGAUCCCCCGCUAUUGAUUGAUGAGCUAGCAUACUAGGUGUACCUCACGGUUUUUUUAUAUUAUAUUGCAUUCAUAUCGGUCUGUACUACAGAAAAAACCAUGAUCUGACAAUGCAUUUGAACACCA